AUGUCUGUCACUGCCUCCAUGCAGCAGGGCAACAGGAUGAGCAUCGCAGGCACUGCCAACUACAUCGCGCCAGAGAUGCUGAGGACAAGAGGAGACGGAGGCUACUCGUUCAACAUCGACGUCUGGUCGCUCGGCAUGACUGUCGUCGAGAUGCUCACAGCUGCCGCCCCCUUCGAAGAUUUCACGAACCAGUUUGCCAUCAUGUUUCAGAUUGCUCAGCUCGAGGCACCCCCCGAGAUCCCCAAGUUUGUAGGUGAGGAUACCCGGUCCUUCCUCCUCGCGUGCCUGCAGCCAGACCCUGCCCGUCGCCCUAACGCGCAAGAGCUCUUGGGUCAUGCCUUCAUAAACCGAUCGGCUGCGAGUGAGCGACGAAACCAACAGCAGCAGCAGCAGACCGUGCCGCAACUCCAACGCUCCAAGGUGGAAGAACAAAGGACCAACAUCGCCUCCGGUUUCGUUCGCUCGAUCCGGAGGAUCACGAGGGAGGAGAGUGAAAGCUACACCCGCAGCAAGCAGGUUCAGCCGCAGAUUUACGUCAUGUCAGACAAGGACGGCGGCGAUGACAUCAGCUCCUUUCUCAAGCAGAAGAUGCAUGGGGAGAGGGAGUCAGCUCAGAUCCUCCAGAAGGAGGUAGAGGAGUGGCAGAAGCAGAACCAGCGUAGGGAUCAGCCGCUGCACGAGCAGUAUGAGGAGAAGAAGAGCUUUCUAGGAAAGCUGCUGAGGUGGGACGUCAACAAGGAGAAGCGGAAGAAGAAAUAUUCAGAGAAGGAUUUGGAAAGCAAGGCCGACAGAUUGGCUCAAGAGCUCGCGAACUUGCGCGCAAGGUCCGGGCUCGAGAUCUCCCUUGCCGCUCACGACGGCGCCGCCAAGAAGCAGCGAUCAGGAAAGGUGCAGGUCUCUCCGUCGACCCAUGCCCCUCCCACAUGGAAGGAGGUCAGGUCGUUGGACAAGGCAACCAUCGUCUGGAAAGCGAUCGCUCGCUUCCACGUCGGCAACGACUACCAUGGGACCAACCAGGUCAAGGGCAGCCUCCUGCACUCCUGGACUGUCUACGUCAGGCAACCCGACGCGCAGGCCAUAACCCUCAAGAGCGUUCGCUUCAUGUUCUGGCCGUUGCCGGAGUCUGAGGCUACGGUAGUGGUCAAGUCAGAUCCCUUCGAAGUGUCAAAGUCAAGCUCGCAUGCCUUCGACGUGGAAAUCUCCAUCGACGUCUCUGAUCAGGUCUUCAUGGUCAAGCACUUUCUCUGCCUGACUAUCAGUGGGGGGUGGAGUGACGAUUCCUGCAGCACCGCUGACAAUGCUUUUCCCGUCUCGUUUCACAUUCUUUGCAUACCACCAUAG